AUGGGUUUUUCCCCUAGAUUUCGGCUGGGUGAUUUUUCAGGUGACGGUUCUGCCUUGGUCUCUUUCUUCGUUUCUACGGCUCUGGUCCAGAGUGUUUGUGUGAUUUUGUUGCGUUUUCCAUGUGAAAGGAUGGUGGUUACUGUUCCGUUUCUGCGUUGGGAUAAAAUUCCCAACCCUUCGCCCUUAUCUUCAACAGUGGCUUCGUAUUAUCUAGAAACUGCUGAAGGGCAGCAGGUGGUUGUUGCUUUUGCGGUGCGUCGUGCUGAUAAUCGUAUGGUUUACCGGCUGUUUCAUGAGUUUAUUGAAAGCUACCACGGUGUUUUCAAUUUGGGCGAUGUUGGUGAGUGGGAUUAUGGCUUCCAGUUGAACGCAUGGUUGGAUGAUCUUGUGUACCAUUCAUUUGUGAGGUACAGCGAGGAAGUCGUUGAUGAAUGCUGGUAUCUGAAGAAACUUUGCAUGCCUGAUAUCACUGAGAGUUGUCCGGCUUUUUCGCAGAGGUUGCCCCGUGGUCUUUGUCAGUACUUCUCCACUGAUGGUUCAAGUGUGUGGGUUCUCCUACGCCAUGGCAAAAAAGCUUGGUCAGUGGAAAUUGUCGACCAUGAGUUUCGCAAAAAUUGGAAUGAGUUCCGUCAGGCACAUCAGUUGGAAGUUGACCAUAGGAUUGUUUUUUCAUGUGAGCGUACGUGGAUCUUCCAUACGGCUAUGUUUGAUAAAGAUGGCUAUGAACUUUUGUUUGAUUGGUCUAGCCCAGCUGGCCGUUGGCAGGAUUUGCCCCCGCCUUCAGGUGAUCUGCGCACUGCUUGCUUGCCUUCAAUCCUUGUCAAUUCUCAUGUAGUGGUUAAGUUCAUUUACUUUGAUGUAUAUGGGCCUGACCUGCGCAGUGAGUUCAACUUUCGCCUUAGGCAUGUUUUCAAGAUGCUUGCGCUGGAGCAAAUGGAGAUCAAAAUGGGUAGCCGAACUUGGAUUGUCCCAAUUCAAAAUUUCCAGCAAAAAAUGCCCGACAACAAACGUAAAAGAACACCAUAUUCACAGCUAUCGCAAGAGCAAAAAGAUAAAAUAAAUGCAAGAAAAAAAGCCUGGAGAUCACGAAAGAAAAACAGGGAAGAUGACCUCUUCACAGUUGAGAUACAAGACCAAAUCAGUGCAAACCAAAAUACAGAGCCAGGCGUUUUCUCCGACAAUUUGCCGCAGCGCAUUCAUGAUCACCAGCAAAUGUCACCCAACCACGCUGUUUUGCCUGCAGAAAAUGCAGGUACAGUCCACAGAUUUCAGUCAUCCAUACUAUUGUUCGGUUAGUUUUAACAAUCGAGGUACAUUUUUCCCAUCCAUUCAGAAAUUUUAUAGCUGAUAACAAAUGAUCUUCUCUAUUUUCUGCAGGCCCUUCAGCAUUACCAUCAACUUCGAUCUCCGAUGAACCAUGUAUGUAAAUUUCGCAUUUUUUUAAACGCAAUUUCCCACUUCCAGGUUGUUCUGUUUCGUGUUGAUCGAAUUCUAAUGCUCCUCCUUUCAUGUAGGUAUGCUAUUCGACAUUUCCAUAGGUAUUUGUUCAGACUUAUACCAUAUAACCAAUACUUAAAUUCCACUUUCUAUCCCUGAUUCCUAAUCCAUAAAAAUAUAGGUGUGACAGUUGGCAAUCUAAUGCUCGCACCAACUAUUCAGCAG